GUUCGAGAUAAGCCAGCGCGACGUCGUGACGUUUAGCGUAGUCGAUCGAAAACUCGAAUGCGACUGCGUCGCUUGAUCCGCUCGAUCUUUUAUCGAUCGUGAAUCGGGGAUCGUGGGAUCGCGUGUGGUGUCAGUGAACGGCAACGAAGAAUUAAAACGAACGAGGGAGAGAAGGAACGGGAAACGGUGUGGUGAAAAAAACGAAAGGACUCGACUUCUCCGUGAGCGGAGAGUGGAAGAUAGGCAGCGUAUCACUCAUCACGAUGGCAGCCCGUCGUGAGCGUUCCACCUGCGUCGCGAUCGCCGUUCUGCUGCUAGCAGCUUACACGAAUGCCGCGGAUACCGCUCCGUCCUUGGACAUCUUGCCAAGUGGCGAGACACAGACGAAGCCGAUCGGCUCCAGCAUCCUUCUCACAUGCAGACCAAAGGUGGACGAUAUAUCGCUCGUCAAGGACAUGCAAUGGCUCGACCCAUCGAACAAAGUGAUCGAAUCUCUCAAGUCCAUCAAACUUGCCGUCUUGCCGAUCGGAAGCACGUACGGUACGACGAAGCCGGCCAUGUACACCGAAUUGCAUCAGGAUGGCAGUCUAUCCCUGUUCUUUAAUUCCCUCCAGGAGAGCGAGGCCGGGAAAUACACGUGCAAGGGGACUUAUGCGCGUAACGUCGCGUUAAGCAAGAGCGUGACAAUCGAUACCAUUAUUGCGAUUACAUGGGAUAAUGCACCGCAAAAUCAGUAUCCUAUUCUCGGAGAGGACUUCGAUAUUCAGUGUCAAGUACGCGCUAGACCAUCGCCUUCGGUCGACUGGCUUCACAACGGAGAAUUGAUCAAGACGAAUGACCAUUAUGUCAUAAACACUUACGCCUUGAAGAUCAAGAACGUUCAAGAGUCUGACGAUGGCAUAUACACGUGUCGCGCAUCAGUGCAGACCACAGGAGAGUUGAAAGAGCGAGCUAUUCGCGUUGAGGUACAUGUACGACCCACAAUCGAAGAGAUUCCAAGCCCGGUAAAUAUCAUCGAAGGCGAAAAUGCGAAUAUCAGAUGUAAAGCCAAUGGUAAACCGCCUCCAAUGUUCACGUGGAUCAAGUCUCUCACACAACAGAAUCUUUCCAACGCCGAUCGCUUCGGCGUCGAUCCCGUCACUGGUGUACUUACUAUUACAAACGUGAAUCGCGAGGACGCGGGCGAAUAUCAAUGUUCCGCGAUAAAUGCCGCCGGCAUCGCCACCACCAAUAUCCAGGUAAACGUGAUCGUCAAGCCGAAAAUAAUGGAGUUCCUGAACGUGACCGUGGUGGAGAAAAAAAGCGCGGAAAUCAAGUGCAAGGCCUUCGGCCGACCACCGCCCGAGGUGACCUUCAGAAAGCAGUCGGGAACCGGUAAUAAGCAAUACGUGAUAGGCGCUCAACCGCAAGAUGACCGAAUCGUCGUCGAGAAUGAUGCGAAUGACGUAUCCGGCGAGACUGUCGGCACUCUAUCAAUCUUUGACGCUCUCACCCUCGAUGACGGCCUGUACGAGUGUAUAGCUAAAAAUAAGGGUGGCAUUACUUUCAAAAAUGGUCAUUUGACCGUCGAGUUUCCGCCCACCUUCCGCAGCAUGCCGAACAAGACGUUCUGGUCCUGGGAUCAGAAACCGGUGAAUCUCACCUGCAUUGCCGAGAGCAUACCAAACGCGACGAUACGCUGGACUAUACAAGAUCACAGUAUCGAAGGCGACGAUCAUAUCAAACAGAUCGGCAAUGGACCGACCUCUAUCCUCAGGAUAAUACCGACGGACAACAGAUAUUACACCCGUUAUAAAUGCAUUGCCAUGAAUACUCAUGGCACGCGGGAACGUUCGGUAGAGCUGAGGGAAGCGACGAAACCCAAAGAGUUCUUGAACGUCAAGAUGACCGAGGUCACUGCUACGACAAUAACAUUCGAUUUAGUACCGCCCGUCAUGGAUCCGGAUUUGGCUGUCACGACUAUCGAUGUGCAAUACAAAACGGAUAACGAGAUUUGGCAAAACGCGAUGAACAGGACGUGGUCUGUCGGUUCUUUAUACGUGAUCGAAGGCUUAAAACCACAAACCCCCUACGAAUUCCGAUUCGCGGGGAGGAAUCGAGUCGGUCUGGGUAAUUGGGGUAACUAUUAUCGAGAAACUACACCGGGCAGAAUGGCGCCGCAAGAUCCGAGGAUUGUGAGAACAACUUCUAAUCUAUAUGAGCAGUCGCAGUUCAAUGACCAGUACGAGCUCAGCUGGGUAACACCGGCCGACAAUGGCGAACCCAUAGACAUGUACGAGAUCAAAUAUUGCCAAAUAAUACGCGUCUCUGGCGAGUGGGAAGUAUUGGAAAAUACUUGCGAAACAACACCUGUUAAAACCCCAGGCAGGACGAGGAAAUAUUUGAAGAAUCUGAAACCUGACGCUUACUACAUGGUCGAAUUGCGGGCUCACAACAUUAUGGGCUUCAGCAAACCUGGAUAUGUCAAAUUCAGAACGGCAAAAGGGGAUACCAACGUUCUGCAGCAUCAGUCGGAGCUAUCGAGCGGAACUAUAAUCGGCAUUGCCCUCGCGGCGAUAUUCGUCAUCUUUAUCAUCAUUGAUGCCACCUGCUGCUGCGUGCGCAAGACAGGAAUUAUUUAUUACACGCGCGAACAAGCUCGGCGGAAACCAGUCGAUGAGGAAGACGCGAAGCUCGGCAGUCUUUACGGUUGGCGGUUUCCGUUGCCGUAUUGCGACCAAAAAAUGGCCAAUGUCGCCGGGGUCACGGCCAUCCAAGAGUCGGGUAGUGGAAAAAAUACCAUUAGAUUGGUCAAACACACUGCCAUAGACGAGAAGGAGCCGCUGAAGGAGGAGAAGAAGAUCACGCCGAUCAUCGACUCCGGACUGCGCCGGGAGACCUCCGUCACCUUCGACGGCAAGAGAUCCGUCUCCAAGACCGGCUUCGUCGGCAAGGACUCGGCCGUCUAGAUAUUCUUCCGGCGUACUAGAUUGUAAAUCGUUUUUCGGAAACGCAAUCAGUUUCUGGCUAAAAAAGUGUUCUCGAAAGAAAAAAAAAGAAAAAAGAAAGAAAAGAAAAGAAACUGGAAAAAUUAAGAAGCGAAAAGAAGGACGCGCAGAGCAGCGGGAUCACGGUUCGUCUCUAUCAACGAGCGUGAUCGCGGAAAGACGUGGGACGAUUUAGCGAUCCGUUUCGCCGAAUUUCCGCCGGAAACGUGGUCUCACGCGCUUUGCUCUCUCGCUGCGCCGAGUCUUCUCUGCCGAACCUCCCGCUUUUCGUUUUCGCCCUUUUGCAAACGCGCGCGCGCGCGCGGUUUCGCAGUCGCACACCGACCCGCCUUUCUUCCCUUUCAGAACCUCUUACCUCGUGUACCGCGAUACACUUGCCACCUACACUUCCUCCCCUAGAAUCCCCUGAAAAGCUCUUUCUGCUAUUGGUGAACUUAUCCUUCGCCUAUUACUUUACCGCAAGAUCCCGGCUGCACGUCUGAUUUCGUAAAGUGUAAGGUAAGGCUAUAACCACCGCUUAAGCGAAGAAGCAAACUUUGGAAACUUGACGUAUCCUCCGCUGUGCUUUUAGCUAAAAAAAAUUCUCAACUGAGACAUUACGAAGAUUUAUAUUCCAAAGCGGAAAGCGGAUUUGAUCGGAAUAUAUUUUAAUAGCUCUUUGACCAUCGCAAGAUCGCUCGAAAAAAAUAACAUCAAAAAGAUUAGAUCCAAGGUAUUUUUUUUUAUCGUCGGAGUAUGUCACGUUUGGAAGGUUUGUCUCUUGAAGCGCAUAAAAGCAAAAAACUUUUAAAAACUCUCUUAAACUCUUUUAUCCCAGUCAGUGUACUCGCCGAAGCAUGCGAAGGAGGCACGGAUAAUCGAUAGCUUACGAGAACGAGAAGUAAACAAAGUUUAUUCGAUAAUUGUUGCUCUUAGGAGGAAGAAGCUACGACUAUAAUUGUAACGUAUAUUGCAAGGAAAUGGGGAGUAUAGGUAGGUCGCUUACUCGAGAAGAAGAAGAAGAAGAUGGCAAGAAGAAUGUACAAAAAUUCGCGUUGCAAUUGGUAGAGGUCGACUGAUCAAUUUAGAUGAACGCUUCGAGGCACCCUUUAGAUUAUCACAGUCUAGUACGCUGGGUAGUAUCACGUUCUUUGUUGCGCGGAGUUUCAAGAAAACCGCGCGGAAAGUCGUACUCUGUUGCGCGUGAAAGCGAAAAAGAAGAACUUCACGUUCAUUCGGGAAGAGUAUUAUAUUUAAGGGUUACCUAAAAAAAAAAAAAA